AUGCCCGGCCUCGCGCGGAAGGUCCUGAUCUGCGCCGCAGUUGACGGCCUCAUUCUGCAUCCUCUUUCGUCCAAAAAAGACCAGCGAAUGGCUCCGUCUGUCAAGAUUCGAUACGGCGACGCUGCGCUCUCUACGACCUCUCGAAAUCUCGCAGCCGAGGCUACCGAGCCAACCCCGAGCUUUGAAGCUUUUGGCAUUGUAGGCCUGAUUCUCGUUUCCAAAUUCAGCUACCUCGUUUCCAUCACCAAGCGGCAGCAGGUUGCAACAGUCCGUGGUAGCCCAAUAUAUGUGGUGACUGAGGUUGCUUUGACCCCAUGCGCAAGUUACGGCGAAGCUCGACGUUCGAUAGAAACCACUAUUGAACACCUAAAAGAACGUCCCCCGAGCUACAUCACAGAUGAAGAAGGCAGCGGGAACGACAGUGAUGACAACAGCCACCAUGGCGACGACGAAGACAUCGAAGGUGCAGUUUGGGUUCAGGAGAUGAACGAUAGCCAUCGUUUCGAAGGCGAAGUCGGAAAAGCAAACAUAACCACAGCACCGACGCUGCCAGUCAAAGGCCACAAGCCCAACAACAGCAUUGCCGAGGAUGUCAUUUCCCGGAGAGGAAGUUAUGGCAGGUUUGCGCAAAGAUGGUUCAGCCGGAGCGGAUGGCUACAAGAGCAGAAACGGUUGAUGGGUUUGACAGCGAGCAACAAACCUGUCGAUGAAGAGGCAGUGGCUGAGCGCACUGCUACGACCGACACACCGGGCGACAAAGCUCUAGAUGCGGCAACAUCUUCCGACUCGUCACCACCCGGCAGCGCUCCGGCUGAACCAUCGGAUGGAGACCUGGCUAGCCUCUCGCGCACUGCAGAUGAAACAGUGACGGAAACGGCAUCCUCAACCCCACCGUUACAGCAGGGAGACCACAACAAUGCAGAGGAUGGCGCAGUCACCAGUCUUUUGCCGAAGUUACUGCGGACAACGCAGAUGCUCUUUGGGGCGUCGAGAUCGUUUUAUUUUUCCUACGACUACGACAUCACGCGCAGCGUCGCCAAGCAGCCGAAAACGCGGUGGAACGACCUUCCUUUGCACAAGCUGGUGGACACGAUGUAUUUUUGGAACCGACAUGCCAUCCAGCCCUUUAUCGAUGCCGGUGCGGAUGCUCUUUCCCUACCACUCAUGCAGGGUUUUGUUGGCCAGCGCUCGUUUGUCGUUGACAGCAAUCCGCCACAGGUGGAUGAGGCCGCCAAGGAUUCCGUCGAGCUGAGCAAUUUUGCGUACCGGGCUAGCACGGGGCCUUCGUCGCCUCUGCAAGCUACGAGUCCACGAUCGUCUGCCGAGCUUGAGCACCGAGCUUCGGAGAAGGAAUUUGACGUGACGCUGAUCUCACGCAGGUCAGUGAGACGAGCAGGUCUUCGAUACUUGCGCCGUGGUGUGGAUGAGGACGGAAACGUCGCCAAUGCUGUUGAAACAGAGCAGAUUCUCUCCCCCUCUGUCGUGAAUCAAAUGGUUGAGUCGCAGCUACUUCCGGCACCACCUUUGAGCAAAACGUACUCUUUUGUUCAAGUCCGAGGCAGCAUUCCUCUAUUUUGGACACAAUCUCCCUUCUCUUUGAAGCCUGUUCCCGUCAUCCAGCACUCCCUCGAACUCAACUACGGUGCGCUGAAAAAUCAUUUUGACGGCCUCCGGAGAGAAUACGGUAGCCUGCAAGUUGUCAACCUGGUUGAGAAGCACGGCGUCGAAUCUGCCCUGGGUACGCAGCUUGAGAGGAGCGUGCAGAGGUACAAUGACGAUACCAACAGCGCACCUGGAGAGUCGACGUUGCCAUUUGAAUGGUUUGACUUCCACAGUGCGUGCAAGGGCAUGAAGUUUGAGAAUGUGUCUUUGCUGUUGGGCCGCUUGAGCAACAAGAUCGAGCAAAUGGGGAGCACCGUGGAGGAGACCGGAGCCGACAACACCGAGGCCGACGGCACUAGCAGCCCAGCAGGUACCAUGGCGAGUAGCACCGGAAGCUACGGUCCCGGAAAUCUCGUGCAGAGACAAAAGGGCGUGCUUCGCACCAACUGCAUGGACUGCCUCGAUCGAACCAAUGUCUGCCAAAGCUCGUUUGCCAAGUUCAUGCUAGACGCACAACUGAAAGAGCAAGGGUUCGAUAUGGCGGCGCAGCGUGACCAAGAGAACUCGUGGUUCAACACUUUGUGGGCAGACAACGGGGACGCGAUAUCUAAACAGUAUGCCUCAACUGCGGCAAUGAAAGGCGACUACACGCGGACGAGAAAGCGAGACUACCGCGGUGCCCUUACAGAUGCUGGUCUGUCACUAACACGCUUUUUCAACGGAAUUGUCAACGACUUUUUCUUGCAGACUACAAUCGAUUUCUUGCUCGGCAAUGUGACAGACAAGAUCUUCGACGAGUUUGAAGCCAACAUGCGGACAAAGGAUCCGGCCAUGUCGAUGCAAAAGAUGCGCGAACAGGCCGUCGAUCUGUGCCAGCGGCGAGUCGUUGCCGAUGAGUCCGAGGAGUUUAUCGGAGGGUGGACGCUGAUUGCACCGUACGACGCCGAUAUCAGUCUGACGACGCCACCUUUUGAAGAAGUUGUGCUGCUCGUGACAGACGCGGCCUUGUAUUUGUGCCGCUUCGACUGGAACCUCGACAAGCUGUCGUCGUUUGAACGAGUCGAGCUCAGCCAUAUCGACAAGAUCACCAUCGGCACUUAUAUCGUGUCGACGGUAUCGCCCAUGCAAAUGGACGAAGAGCGCAACGUCGGGUUUAUGGUGUGGUACAGGCCCGGAAGAGACGAUAUAAGGAGGAUCAACACGCGAUCGUUGUCGAGCAUGCACGUCGGGGACGGCACCGCAGGCAACACGGCGGAGCAGUCAACUUCGGCUGCCGAGGCGCUGUCGACGAGCAUCGCCAUGCUUUUGAAUAUUCGGCCCUCGUCACCCCCAGUGAAACGCCUAGCCUUCAAGGCGCUCUAUUCCGAAUCGUCUCUGGCACCAUCAGCGACGGCAUCGGCCGGCGAGACAAUGGUCAAGAGAACAGAGAAAGAUCAGAUCGUGUCGAUUGCGACUGAAAUAGAGCGGCUUGUCCAACUGAGCCGGCCUGUUCCAUUGGGCGUGGAGCGCAAGUCGAUUAUCGGCAAGGGCGACAUUGUAUCUGUUGCCGAGGCACGGAAGAGCACAGGAUUGCUGGGGCACCUAGGCCACUCGUUGAAGAAGCUAGUGUGGGCAUAA